GCCGCAGUCCCGAGGGCUGGCCUCCUUUGCUUGCCAGGGGAGGUUGGGAGCCUUUUCUGACCUCCAGUCUCCUGUUCUCCUGCAGUGUCGGGAACACGGCAGGCUCUUGGACCCGGCGGACGCUCCCGCCCGCCCGCCCGCCCGCCCGCCUCUGUGCCCUGUCUCUCUCUAGCUCCUCGCUCGCUCUCUGUAUUAACCCGAGCUCCAGCGCCCCACGUCCAGUACUCUUGGCUUCCCCCCUCUGGCUGGCCACGGGGCAGGCUGCUGGGGCGCAGUCCGGGCUGCAGUGCUGAACCGGCGCGGGCUGGGGCUGGGCAGGGGGACCAGCGGGCACGGCUGCUGCUGCUGCUGCGGCUGCUGCUGCUGCUGGGGCUGCGGCUGCGGCUGGGGCGCGCUCCGCCGACAGCCUCUACUCCUUCGCCCGCGCUCCCCUGCCCAUCUCGGGGCACCCCCGCGCCGUGGAGACAGGGGGGCCAGUCCGCGCGGGCUGCUCCCCAACUCCGCCCCAGGCCGGCGCAGCCUCUCCUCGGCGAGCUCUCUUGGGCAAGGAUGGGUUCUGCCCACUCCAUGUCGGAGGAGGUCCGGGAACUCGUGAGCAAGACCGGCUUCUCUUCAGAACAAAUCGAACAGCUUCACCGGAGGUUCAAGCAGCUGAGCGGGGGCCAGCCGACCAUCCGCAAAGAAAACUUUAAUAACAUCCCUGACCUGGAGCUCAACCCGAUCAGAUCCAAAAUCAUCCAUGCCUUCUUUGACAACAGGAACCUCCGAAAAGCACCCAAUGGGUUGGCUGAUGAGAUUAACUUUGAGGAUUUCCUGAUCAUAAUGUCUUACUUCAGACCAAUUGAGCCCAACAUGGAUGAGGAACAGCUGGAGCGCUGCAGAAAGGAGAAGCUAAGAUUUCUGUUUCAUAUGUAUGACUCUGACAGUGAUGGACGGAUCACCUUGGAAGAAUAUCGAAAUGUGGUAGAGGAACUGCUUUCUGGAAACCCCCACAUUGGAAAGGAGUCAGCCAGAUCCAUUGCUGAUGGAGCCAUGAUGGAGGCUGCCAGCAUCUGUGUGGGUCAAAUGCAACCGGAUCAGGUGUAUGAGGGCAUCACCUUUGAUGACUUCCUAAAGAUGUGGCAGGGGAUAGACAUAGAGACCAAGAUGCACGUCCGUUUCCUCAACAUGGACGCCAUCGCCCUUUGCCACUGACCUCCGGCCGCCUCCUCCGCUGCCCCGAGAACGGGACCGGCCAAGGACGAAGACGCCGGGGAGUGGCCUGGUGCAGUUGCUCCGGGCUGUGGCUUCAGAAUCUUUGGGUGACACGAUGGACGUGCUGCCGUGCUUUGACUGUGCUCCUCUGCAGAGUGGAUGGUGUGUGGGGCUUGACUGUUUUUAUCUCUAAUAAACGGGGUUUUGUUAAUGAA